AUAAGGCCUCAAAUAUGUUCUAUUACAAAGCAACUGAGCAUCUACUUGUGAGCAUCCGUGAAUCAUUUUGAGAUAAUUCGUGAAACAGAGGCUAACCUCGUGUUUGCUAGAGGGAAAACGCCUUUCGGCACGGCCUCGGUCGGCAUCUCACCGCUGAUCAUAUCCACUCCCGCCAUAACAACAACUAUGGAUAUGGAAACCAACGGUCAUCGUCGCCCAAACCACUAUCUCCUCCGUCGCAGGCGCAGCGCAGGGGAUCGGGAUCCCCACCUCUCCGCCUCCGCCUUCUUGCCGCGCGCCACCGCGUCAUGGCCACGCUCCACCACCACCUCCUACCCCUGCAGCGUCUGCCCAACUCCCCCCGCCAACCGCCUCCUCGCCUCCGCCUCCCCACGAAGCCAUCGAGGCCCCACAGUCGGCUGCUCCCCCGCGCGGCAGCCAGCACAGCCGCGACGACAGUGACCGCGCUGGAGGACUUCCGGCGGUGGCUCGCCUCUCACAGCGUGGGCGACGGAGGAAAAACCUUUCCAGCCGCCGUGCCGGAGGGCCUCGGCCUCGUGGCGGCGCGGGAUCUGCCCCGCGGGGAGGUGGUCGCGGAGGUGCCCAAGAAGCUCUGGAUGGACGCCGACGCCGUCGCGGCCUCCGACAUCGGCCGCGCCUGCGGCGGCGGCGGCGGGGGCCUCCGGCCCUGGGUCGCCGUCGCGCUGCUGCUUCUCAGUGAGGUCGCGCGCGGGGCGGACUCGCCGUGGGCGCCCUACCUGGCCAUCCUCCCGCGCCAGACCGACUCCACCAUCUUCUGGUCUGAAGAAGAGCUCCUUGAGAUACAAGGGACACAGUUGCUAAGCACCACAGUGGGUGUGAAAGAGUAUGUGCAAAGCGAGUUUGAUAGUGUUCAAGCAGAGAUCAUAAGCAGAAACAAGGACCUCUUCCCUGGUAGCAUAACAUUUGAUGAUUUCCUUUGGGCAUUUGGAAUACUAAGAUCAAGGGUGUUUCCAGAGCUCCGUGGAGAUAAGCUUGCUCUCGUACCAUUUGCUGAUUUGGUUAAUCACAGUCCUGAUAUCACCUCAGAAGGAUCAAGUUGGGAGAUCAAAGGAAAGGGUCUUUUUGGUAGAGAACCCAUGUUCUCCUUGCGGACACCAGUGGAUGUUAAAUCUGGACAACAGAUAUAUAUCCAGUACGAUCUGGACAAGAGUAAUGCUGAACUGGCACUUGACUAUGGGUUUGUGGAAUCAAAUCCAUCAAGGGAUUCAUAUACUGUGACCCUGGAGAUUUCUGAAUCCGAUCCAUUUUAUGGAGAUAAGCUUGACAUUGCAGAGUUAAACGAACUGGGGGAAACUGCAUAUUUUGAUAUAAUCCUCGAUGAACCCCUUCCUCCUCAAAUGCUCCCUUACCUGCGAUUACUUUGCAUUGGCGGAACAGAUGCAUUUAUCUUGGAAGCACUCUUCAGGAAUUCAGUUUGGGGCCACCUUGAACUGCCAUUGAGUCCUGACAAUGAGGAAUCAAUAUGUCAGGUCAUGCGAGAUGCCUGCAAAUCAGCCCUUGCUGCCUAUCAUACCACAAUAGAAGAGGAUGAAGAACUAUCAGAAAGAGAGAAUUUGCAGCCAAGACUUACAAUUGCAAUUGGAGUAAGGGCUGGUGAAAAGAAAGUACUCCAGCACAUUGAUAAUAUUUUUAAACAGAGGGAGCAGGAAUUAGAUGGCCUAGAGUACUACCAGGAAAGAAGACUCAAGGAUCUUGGUUUAGUCAGUGACAAUGGUGAAAUUAUUUUUUGGGAGUCCUAGAUAUUGUUUCUAGUAGUGCUAUUUGUCCAAUAGUGCUAAUGAAAGAAAUGCCUUCUGAUACUGUUAACAAGAAAUGCAUUGUAAAUGGCAUGCACACUUCUGUGACAUAAUCCUUCUGACACUGUUAACAAGAAA